GCCAGACCCCACUCCUGACCGCCGGGCAGGUUGGCUCCCCUCAGCUCUCGGGCCCUCAGCUGCAGCCUGCACCACCCGGGCACCUCAUCACCGCCAUUUACCCCUCGCCUGCCUCUGCCAGCCUUGCCACGACAACCCCGAGCCUGGUCUACACGGCCUCACCGUCAGUGACCAGCACCGCUCCACCAGCUGCCAUCUUGCCCAAGACGCCGAGUGGCAUCGUGCAGCAGCAGCAGGCAUCAGUGCCCGCCUCCACGGUCACAGCACCGCCAGGGGCUCAGCACGGAGUGGGCGUAGUGACCCCCGUAUCGUCACAGGGGCCGGGCACUCCCGUACAGGGGAGCUUGCCGUUCAGUUUGAGGCCCGCGCGGCCCCUACAGAAACAGCAAGGAGGGCCAGCUGGAGGAGCAACAGGGGCAAAGGCCAAGGGCCCGGGUGCUAGCCUUGCCCCCUCCAGCCUGCACGAGCCAGCGGGCAGUACCCGGGGAGCGGGUAAACCGCUGGAGGGCCCCCCCGAGACUGCUCAGCGCCCAGGCCCGGAGGAGGAAGCGUGUACACAUGAACCCUUGGAGGACAAGGCCUCGAGGCCGCCUACUACCGACGAGGAAGGGCAGGAGGUACCGGCCUCGCUGCAGCCCUGCCAGCAGCGGGACUCCGGGGUUCCCCUCUCAACUGGGACUCCCGCUGAGGACAGGGCCCCCCGCGAGUCCAGCCCCCAGGCCGGAGAUCCUGGGAAGUUCACAGCGAGUACAGAGUGGCGUGGCCCUCCGACAGACUCUCGCUCGGAGGCUCCAUCAAGCUCUCAGGCCCCAGCAGGCUGUGGUGAGCUGGCCAAACCUUCAGGGAGCUCCUCCUCAGACAGCACCGACAGGAAGGAGCAGCCGAAGAAGCUGAAAGUGAGACCACCACCUCUGAAGAAAACCUUUGAUUCUGUGGACAAGUGA